GUUUGGUUAUUGUAAAAGCGAAAAAGUUACACAAGCGUUUAGCGUCAGGAUUUUGUAACACAUGCAUUAGAUACUAUUUCAUUGUUGCCGAUCGUAACUGAGCAAUCAGUGUCUUAGCUUAAACGUUACAUCGGACCGAACAAACUGAGCACUGAAACAAAAAGCUUUUUUUUUUUAUUAACAAAGAUAGUAUCGAUAAAUUUGAAUUAUACAAGGGCUCUGCCUACAGACAGAGACGGCAUAGUCGCUUAUGUUUGGACUACUGAAGGUGAAAAUGAAAUAGAGACAAACAAUUCGGGAUGUAUAUUUGACGAAAUAACGCAAAAAGCGGGGUUAUCACCGAAAAGUCCAGACGCGCGCGAGAAUCUCGGGUAGUGACAAGAAAACAAGCGCGCGCUUAAAAUAUGGAGUUGAAUUCUGUGAUUUUGACCGCUGGAUCCUCGGUGGGCUUUUUCAAAUUGGUAAACUAUGGAAUCGGCAAACUUCCCAUCCCCGAGACAGCUCAGAGGAACGCUUGGAAAUGGAAAAACAUCUCCACGUCUUUCGUGCACAGCGUCAUAACAGGAGUGUGGUCCGUGCUAUGUUUUUGCAUGCACCCCCAGAUGGCUGAGGAUUUGAUAGCAACGUACUCCGUUUUCUCUCACGCCCUAGUGUCUGUAUCAAUCGGGUACUUCAUAUAUGACUUCUUUGAUAUGGUUAUUAAUCAGAAGAUCAGCCAUUCAUGGGAGCUACUUUUCCACCAUGUAGUGGUGAUCACCUGUUUCGGGAUCUCGGUGCUGACCUGUCGGUAUGUGGGUUUUUCAGUGGUCGCGCUGUUGGUUGAGAUCAAUUCGAUCUUUCUGCACCUGAGGCAAGUGCUCCGCAUGGCCAGCCUAGCCAAAAGUACUUUUUACCGUGUCAACAGCAUGAUAAACCUGGGCACCUACGUGGUGUUUCGCAUCAACACUCUGGCCUGGAUGACCCGCUGGCUGGUGCUGAAUCGUGACCUCAUCCCCCUGCCCAGCUACACCAUCGGCAGCGUGGGUCUGGCCAUCAUGACCGCCAUGAACAUUGUGCUGUUUUACCGCCUGAUGAGAAGUGACUUCAUGAAGUCCAGCCGUGAGAAAGAGGUGAGGAGUGAGAAGGAGAAAGAAAUGUAGGAAGACGACGACUCCUGCUCUCCCACUACAGCUCCAACCAAAUCCAGUCUCAUCGCCACUGUUUCCAGACUUUUGGGGAAAAACUUUCAACCUGCUGACCAUUCCCUCAACACCUGCUUGUCGACUAGAACAAAGUUCUAGUCAUUUUGACUCCAUCUCAUGAAGACCUCAAGCUGUGCUAAGAUAUUUCUAUGAUGGCUGUUGUCACAGGUUUACAGAUGUCUGAAACGGAUGACAUAUUUAUACAUGCAACCUCAUGCUCAAAUACUCCUGCAUGGUUUUUAGACAAUGACUUGAGAGUAUGAAACACAUUAUGUUUAAGUUCAAAAGAACUGGAUCUGCUUCCCUUUAUCUAAUCUUAUGCUAAUGCUGAUCGACCGCACUUAAUGUAUACAUUACCUAUUAAAUAUGAGCAAAUAUUCUGCUCAAUUACGA